CGGGUUUUAACCCCUCCUGGCCGACCCAUUUCUUGAUUCAUGGAUGGACAGACACGAUGGCAAAACCACUAUGGAUGAACUUGAGGAAAGCGUUGGUAGACAGGGAUGAGCCAAGGAAUGUCAUCUGCGUGGACUGGAGCCCCGGCGCGUCCAGUAAGUGGUAUCCGAACCCACGUGACAAUACCCGUGUGGUAGGAAGGAUCAUUGGUAAGAUGAUCGAGCAGCUGGUCGACAAUAAGGGCGCCUGGUUUGAGGACAUGCAUAUCAUCGGCCACAGUCUGGGAGCUCACAUAGCUGGUUACGCCGGAGAGGCACUCGGUGGUAGAGUCGGACGUGUCACAGGACUAGACCCUGCUGGCCCAUUGUUCGGUGGUACCGACAAUCAAUGCAAGCUAGAUCGGUCAGACGCCAUGUUUGUAGAUGUCAUACAUACUGAUGGAGACAUGCUACUUUUUGGUGGUGCAGGAUUAAUGGAGGAGUGCGGCGACCACGACUGGUACCCGUUCGGGGGCAAGGACCAACCCGGAUGUCCGUUUUUUGAUGCCGGAUGCGACCACAUGAUGGCUGUAGAGUACUUCACAGAAAGCGUCUUAAACAUAAAAUUUCCUGCGACCAAGUGGGCCUUAACCGUGAAAAAUUUGUUCAAAUACCCGUGGGACUGCGCAGUUGAAGGAGAUUGCCCAGAGAUGGGUUUCAACGAUCAUGAUGAUCCGAAAUACUGGGGAGGAGACUUCCAGAUGGAAACGUCCCUCUAG